GGCCGGAGCGGCGGCGGACGUCACUGAUUGUGAUGCUGUGUGGGGACUUCUGAACUAUCCGUAUCUGUUGUAUCGGACAUCAGACCUUUACCAUGGCAUCUAGAUGCUGUUUACAUUUUGUACGAAGCAUGAAUGCAACACAUCUAUAAUGAAGAUUAUAAGAUGAUUACAGAAGCUGAAAAUUAUAUCUUUUACCAGCUUUCUUAGUGCUGUUGUGAAUCUUCGACAAUGUCAUUGCCAGUGCUCCCAGAAUCAUGUAGCCAUAUCCUAGCUGAGCUGGACUCUCUGGAUCCCCUGUUAUCUGCUCUAAGACUAGAUUCAAACAGGCUGAAGUGUACGUGUUUGUCAGUAUCACGGAAAUGGCUGGUGCUGGGCACCUCGGCUGGUGGACUUCAUCUCAUUCAGAAGGAAGGCUGGAAGCAGAGAAUCAUGUUGACUCAUAAGGAAGGAGCUCUCACUUAUGUUGCUUGCUGUCAGCAUGAUGAGGAUUUUGUUGCUGUAUCUACUAGCCAAGGUCAUGUGAUUGUAUGGGAGCUGCAUCAAGAGCGGCGUGGAAAACCUGAGAGAAUUUGCGUGUCAUCGGAGCACAGAGGUAGACAAGUUACUGCCCUCUGCUGGGAUACGACUGCUCUCAGGAUCUUCGUGGGAGACAAUUUAGGAAAAGUUUCUGUCUUGAAAGUUAAUUCCUCAAAACAGGGAAAGGCUGCUGCAUUUGUGAUGUUUCCAGUUCAGGUGAUUACAACAGUGGACUCGCGAGUGGUGCAGCUUGACUACCUGGAGGGCAGGUUGCUGAUCUCCUCUCUCACUCGUUGCUAUCUAUGUGACACAGAGAGAGAGAAGUUCUGGAAAAUUGGAAACAAGGAGCGAGAUGGAGAAUUUGGAGCCUGUUUCUUGUCAGGAGCAAAGACUAUUGGAACCCCACAUCCAUUCAUCUUCUGUGCACGCCCUGGUUCACGGAUGUGGGAAGUGAACUUUGAAGGGGAGGUGCUGAGCACGCACCAGUUCAAACAAUUAUUGGGAACACCUCCACUUCCCAUCAUCUCUCUCAGAUGUGAGCUACAAUACAACCUGACAUCCUGUUCUCCACAAUCUAUCUCUUUUCCCAGACUCUUGUGUUUGAGUGAGAAUUAUGUUCUGAGCUGGACAGACCGGGGGAUUUAUGUGUUUAUUCCACAGAGUGUUCAGGUGCUUCUCUGGAGUGAGCUAAAAGAUAUUCAGAAUGUGACCGUCUUCAAAAACAAACUGUUCUGUCUCCAUGGUGAUGGGCGGAUAACUUACCUAUGUCUACUGUCAGGGGAGCGGUGUAUCGAGCGUCUGCUUCGGCAGGACAUGUGGACCCUGGCUGCACAAGUCUGUUGCCUCUUCCCGCAUUCCAUUAUUCUGAGUAGGACCCGUAAGCUGUUGCCUUUAGAUAGAUUGGAACAUCUGAAGACACAGCUGGAUUCAGCCACACAGAGCCACCUUGUUGCCCGCUUAGAGGAAAUUUUGCUGAAGCUGGAGCCCUUUGACUCAGCCUGUAGCAGUCGUAGGAGCAGCUUGUCAUCUCAUGAAAGUUUUAAUGUCUUAGAUUCUGGUAUUUAUCGUGUGAUUAGUCGUCGAGGCAGUCAAUCAGAUGAAGACUCUGGCUCGUUGCACAGCCACCUGUCUGAAGAGGAGAGGUUGAAGGAAUUUGCUUUGGUACAGGAGGAAGAGCAAGGAGAGCAGGACAAUGUGUCCCAUUCUUUCCUGAACAUUGAAGGUGAUCGGAGUGAGACACUGAUUCCAUUCCAUCUUCCAUUGUCAUUCCGUUCCACAGCAUCACGAGUCACUUUACAGGCUGUGAAGGAAAGUGUGACCAGUUUUGUCAGAAAAACUAAAGAAACUAUUGGCACAUUUCAUCCCAAUUCUGACUGCCGAUUCAAACCAGAAAUAAAAAAUGGCGAUCCACAGUGUGAGAGUCAGAUUACUGCAGUAGUUAAUUCACCUCAACCUGAAAACAGAAUGAGCAUUGAUGACAUUUCGCAGGAGGAGGACAAACUGCAGGAUCUGCGACAAACAACAGCAGAAGCUCUAGUUAAAUUACGGGACCCCCUUGUUUUGUUUGAGACAACACUUCUGAAGAAAACAGUGCAAUGCUGGCUACCUCAUUUGGAAAAAAUAUUUCAAUUCGAGGUGAUAACUCAAACUGUGAAUGACACUGCCACCUUGGAAGAGUCAACAGCAUACAGCCAUCAAGACGAUGGGGACGAUGAACCAGUAACAGUUAACCAUCAAGAGAAAUGUGACACAGAAGCAUCUAGCCAUCGAGAGAUGGAGGCACCAGACGCACUCGGCCAUCAAGAGGAUAAAGAGAGGUUAGAAACAUUAAACCAGACAGAGUGUGAAAAGAAACUAACUGCACCAGAUCAAGAGGAGGAAGAGAAGGGAUUAUCAGCACUCUGUCCUAAAGAGGUGGAACAGCCAGCUUCCCUUCCUUGCCACAGAGAGCAAGAGGUAGAUUUGAACUCAUUUGAGCACCAAGAGCGGAAGGAGAGUUUAGCACCAUUUAUCCUUCAGGAGCUAGAGGAGGUGUCAGUCCAAAACCAUGAAGAAGAAAUGGUGGAACAGAGAGCCUCGGUGGUUGAUGAAGUGCAGAUUUCAACUAAUUUGUCUACUGUGCCUUUUGUGACGGUCCCUUUCUGCAGCAUACCAGCAGAUCUCUUCAAGGACAUGAUGGAACUGGCUACCUUGUGUUUUGAGUUGAGAAUAUUUCAAACUGUGACUGAGGGCAUAACCACUGAAACAGAAUUACCUGGAGAUGAGACUGAAACUCAGGCCUGUCUGUUCCUGCGCAAUUAUUUCUUCCUGCUAGACCUGAUGCGAGUGAGGCGCUGCAUCACAACCUGCAACUGGGCCACUCCGCUGGUGUGGCAAACUUUCAUCCUGGGACUGAAAGAGAUAACACAAUCAGACCCAAUCACCAAUGCCAUUAAUGAUGGGGACCUGCGAAAAGUACUGAAGUUACUCAAUGAUGAAAAGGUGUUAGGGAGUUCUCUUCUACUGGCACAUGCAGCGAGAAUGUACGAGAAAUUUGGUGAACUUGCAUUAAGAUCUCUUGUCCAGUUCCAUCAUAGCAUUCUCCCAUCUGAGAUAAAGGAGUUGUGUAAGAAUCAACCAGGUCACUUCUUGGCAUACAUUGACAACCUGGUUAAAUCCAAGCCAGAGGACCAAAGACUAAACAUGUUAGAGGCUAUCCUUCAGUCAAAAUGUAGGAAAAUGGAUUGGCUACAACUUGCUGUGUCUCAUGAUGCUCCUCAGAGGGCUGACACCACAGAUAUUGAUGAAAAUCCCAGGCCUCACUCUCAUCGAUUUACCUGGGGCUAUGCUCAACUGAUCAGUUAUUUUAUUCAGCUGCCAGGAGAUCUUGCCACAAAGGAAAACAUGUUGAACAUUUGUAGAUCUCACGGGUUCUGGCCUGGUUAUCUGUCACUUUGUCUGCAGCUGGAGCGCAGAACUGAAGCUUUCACUGUCAUUGUUUACCUUGAUGAUAUAAGCCUACUUGAUGCACAGAAUGGUAUGAUGCCCGAGACCCUGGAGGAGUGGAAAUUUAUUCUGGAACUGGUUCGGAAUCACCGUGACAUUACUCAUUGUGCUGCUUUGCAGAAUGGAGACAGUGUCACUGAUGAUGAUUCUGAUUGGUCAAAUUGCAUCACUCUGGAGAAUGUGGCUCUUCUCCUUGCCAAGGAAGUUGGUCCAGACCAGGCACUCAGUGUGUUACAGGACAGCGGUCUGCAUGGGAACAUGUCGCAGAGAUUUUUCAGGGUUUGCGAUAUACUAAAGAUUGCAGAGAAAAGACAGAGGGCCCUAGUACAGGUCAUGCUGGAGCGAUGCGAUCGUUUCCUGUUGUCUCACCAGGCAUAGAGAAGCUUGCGGAAUAGAGGCAUAUUUACUUCAUGCUGAUGUCCAAUGUGCAAUGAUUCUGCUUUCCCUCUUGCAUUGCUGCUUUGAGAGACUCAAUUGGUUUAUUCACUGGUGCUUGUUUGUCAGAGGCUUGUAUUGAAAUGAUGCCAUUUACUUUGCCUUAAAAAUUGACAGAGAACUAAAUAGUCUGUUCACUGGGAUCAAAAUCUUGAUGUGUGAUGAGAUACCAUGUUUUUUUUUACACACUAUAUCAUGUUGACUUGAACUAAUUGCAAAUAGCACAUUCCCACUUUUUUUUAAUAUGGGGAGAGGGAAGUUGUCAAAGUUUCUGAAUUAAAAUAUCUAAGUGCUCAGUUUA